AUGGGUGACAAUUAGUUUUACAGUUGGAGUAGUUCAUUAAAUUACAACUAAAUCAAAACAGAAUAAUAAGAUAGCUAUUCAGAAAUAAGCAGAAUUUCUAAUAAUUUGCAAAGUCAUUCAUUUUCUUAAAUAAUCCCAAUCUCAUAAAUGUUACAAAAUCCACCAAACUUAUUAGAUUUAGAUCAUUAACACAAAGAAAAAAUUUGUUACUUUAAUUCUUUAUAAAGAAAAAUUAAUAUUGAUCCAUAAGAAUCUUAUGAGUUGUAUUAUGCUUCUAGUACUUAUAUUUAAGGGAGAUUUGGAAUUAUUAUUAAAAAUUAAAGCAAAGAUUUAGUGAUGAUUAGUUAAUCCUUUUCAAAUAAAAAAAUUAAUGAAUUAGAAUUUUUGGCUACUAUUCAUGGAAUGAGAUAUUGUAUUGAUUUAGGAAUUAAAAUAUUGAAUGUGAAAGGAAAUAGUCAAGUAUAUUCUUCAUAUAUAAAUGUUAGUUAGUUACAAAAUUUAGAGAAUUUAAAUUAUAAGGUGAAUUAGCAAUCUAUAGCCAUGUAAUAGAUUAAUAUAGUAAAUUUUUUUAACACAUUAAUUUUUAUAAAUUCCAAAAGAAACAAAUUAUUAGGCUAAGUAAUUAUCAAGAGAGUAAAAUGAUUUUGUAAAAGUUCUAAUAGAUUAAAGCCAAAUUAAAUAUUAAUCAAACCCUAAUGAUCAAAAUUAUUCUCAAAUACUUAGUUCUUAAUAAAAUAUCAAUAAUUUAUCUUCUAUUCUACAAUAAGAACCUCCUUUAAAUUAAAUUAUACUUGAAUAUUAAGAUAUUUUUAGUGAAUAUAAUAAAUUAUCUAUCAAACCCAUCAAUUUAGAUUAAAAUAGAGAUUAUGCCUUAAUUUUUGGAAAAGUAAAUGAUAAUACUAAUAGAGGGGCUAAUUUUAUGAUUACACAAGAUUUGAAUGAGAUAAUUAUUGGAACAUUCUAUUUUCCAAUACAAAAAAAUGCAUUAUAAGAGAUCUCAUUAUUAUAUGGAAUGAGAUUCUUAUUAGAGUGCAAGAUAACAUAUUUAAAUUGUUUUACAAUUGAUGAAGUAUAUAUAUUAAUAAGAGAAUUUUAGAUAUUUUGUUAAUUAUUUGAAAAGGAAAGCAAUUAGUUAAAAUAAAGUUAGAUUAAAGAAUAAAGGUGUUUAUAUAGUAUGAAACAAUUAUUCCAAAAAUCAAAUUGUAAAGCAAUACCAUCAGCUAAUUAAUUAAAAGCACUGAAAGAACCUUAUUAAAAUAAACAAUCAAGAUUUUAAAUUUUAGAUGAAACAAUCUUGUUAUAAAAUGGGAAAGCUUAGAAAUAUUAAUCAAAAACAUUUUUUAAAUUUCAAUAAAUAUAUAAUUUUAAUGGAUGA